AUGAUGCGCCUCACACUUGUCUUAUACCUGGCUUCAGGGAGUCUCGGGCUCGCUGAUAUAGGAAUCGUAUACACUACACGUCUCAAGCCCUCAAGUGUAACUCAGCCUAUUGUCGACACCAAAACCUACACACGCAUUUUCAAACAUGAUGCUAUCGAACAAAACGAAGUACUCGCUCCCGGAUUCUCCAAAGCUCAGUCCAUCGCAGCAAGUGCCGCUGAUGUAGUAAAGCGAUCGUCCAAAAAUAGCCCUGUGUCAAAUCAGCCAAGGGCCAGCCGCGAUUCUGAUGACCUACCAAAAGAACUCUCAUACUUUACCAUGGUCCUCUCAGUCAACGGCUACGACGUUACGGUUCCGAUCCUGACGGAUAACGCGACAGACUUCUGCAAAACUGUUAGCAGCGAGUUGGAGAGCAGUGCCUCGCACUUACAAGCUUCCACAGAUGCAAAUGAGCCUACAGAAACACCGGUCAAUACGCAUACGAGUAAAAUUAAACAUACGAGCGAAGGCGGAGAGCCACAGCAAACGACCACGCCGGAGGAUACAAACAACACUGCGACAGACACUGCAAGGACGAUCACGGAGCCAACGAAUAAAUCCACGAAGUCACAUAGGCCGGAGAUAACCUCGACAGGCAAACCAAGCGAAACCACUACUCCUGAUUUACAGAAUUCUCCAGAAGACACAUCGACUUCAUCUGCUAAGAACGGGCCAAGUUCGAUCGUGACAACAGGAACGGAUGACAAUCCUACAUUGGACCGCACUUCUGCUUCUAGAAGUACGUUUAGUACUGUCACAGAAGACCCUCCUACCACAGAUCCUGCCUCUGAAUCGAAUAUCUCCAACAAGUAUACAAUCACUCCUGGAGCUACUACCGCGACUAUUGACGACACCUCAACGAUUACCACCAUGUUCUCAAGCGACGACACAGGCAAGUCCCACGAUCUGUCGCAAGUCCUGGCCGAGAGCUCGGAGGCAUGGGCAUCAUAUAACUCGUACAUCGAUGGACUUCACUCGCGCUUAAGUGAACGAGUGCCUAACAACCAGAUAGACACACCGACAAGCACUGAAGGGCCGACACCAACAGAAGAUCAGACAACUCACGUCGACAAGCCAGCCAGAACCGAGAGCGAGAUAGCUAUACGCCAGCAAAAGCAUGCCUCUCAAGCCGCUGACAUGCGGAACAUCCUCCGUUGGAUUCGGCCCCCGUUUAUAUGGGGGAGAUCUACUGGAUACCACCUUCACAAUUCCUCCGAGAUAGAGCAGGUGCAAGGCUUCUCUCACAAGUCCGACUUGGAGUCUUCCAAGAACAAGCGGCAAUAUCCCUACCUCUCCGUGCACAAUCCCCUGACCGAGAAAGAAGAUUUCGUGUCCAAGUUCAUGGCGCAAGAGGAGCCAAUGUCUACCAACAGCGACGUGAUGACGACCACUGACACAGAAAACGGCAAGCCAACAUUCGGAUUCGAUCCGCAUCCACACCCACGUCCGCCUUUCACAGAAGACAAACCGCUUCCAUCAUUCACGCCCCACACCACCAAAACUCCUAUCAGCACUUCUACAGAACCCAGCUCAAUCCCUGAGUUAGGCGACACAACAGACCCACCUUCUCCAUCACCCUCUUCCCCCAUUCCCUCAGACACAAUACCCGGGAAUGCGACACAUACAGGCCCUGGCAACGUCACGCAACCCACCGAGCCAACCAGCGGUGCGCAUCGACAUUGGUCCAAGAACCCGUUUGCUUCGCCGAUAUUUUGGGGUACAGGGGCGUGGUACUUGUUGAUGGCAUAUUGGGAGGGGUGGCAGCAGGCGAGGGGAGAGUGGGAAUGGGGAUGGACGGAUGGAAUGUGCAGGUGGAUUGGUGGAAACAUGGUGAGGUAUCUGUAA